UAAACUGUGGGUAGGCCAUUGGGUCCCAGUCAUUUUCCUACUUCAGAAGAAGCAGAAGGAUAUGAACCUUUCAGCAUUGCUCUAGGUGGGUUGGAAGGUAAAUUUACAGCUUGUGAUGUUCUUCUUCGCUUUACUCCAAUCACUAUUAUAGACAGAUUUAGUGAUUCCUGGUCUUUUUAACACGAAGAAUAUCUAUUGUUUUCUCUUUUGUAGAAUCUGUGGUUUGUAUGAUUUUAUCUACUUAACAGAUAGCACUAAUUAGAUUAUAAUUCUAUAAGAAAUUUUAAAAUUUGCUGUUCAUAAUUUCUGAUUGGUUUGCAAUAACUGUUUCAAUGAAAAUCAAUGGAAUUUAGUAUUUAAUAUUUGCACCUUUGUGAAAUAUAGCAAAUCAAGCACUAUCACCACCUUUGCAGCUACUUAGGAGAUCCACAAUCCUGGGUUGGGAGCCAGUGGAUUUCUUGAAACACAGAUUUGUUAAUGCGUUUAUAAAAUGCUGAUGAAACGGUAUUAGUAAUGUGCAGUGACCAUCAUUGACUUUCAUGAUACAAUAAAGUUUACAUAAUUUUUAUACUUUCAUAUAUCCUUUUAAUUCAAUCCUGUGUAUUUAUUCCUUCCUCUGUAAUGACCGGGAAAUUAAAAUGUUAAGGACUUAAUUUCUUAAGUUUUUCUUGUUGAUUUUUGAUUAGGUGAUACAAUCAUAUGAUUCAAAAUUUAAAAAAAUAUUAAAAUGCAUACAAUUAAAAAAAAAAACAAAACUGCCUCCUACCUCUCUCUGUCUCUCAGCCACCCAGAAUCUCCGAGGGUAGCGGCUUCUUGUGUGUCUUUCAGAGACAGGUUAUGCGUGUGUGUCUCUGUAUUUUUAAUCCCUUGGGAGUAUUUCUGGUUCAAGGGAAGACCUGACAUACUUGUAAAAACAACUACCGACUGAAGACUGUAUGCUCUUUAAAAUCAUUUCCUUUAUGUCAUUAGAUUAUUUUUUGGGUUUAGUAUUUUUUAUGUUAGGAGACAGAUUUACAACGUUAAACCCAAUCCUGGAUUACAUGAAAUGGUUUUUCAUGAUUUACCUCCUUGUAAAAAACAUUAGUCAUCGUCUUUUUGUAAGUUGGAAAAAUACUCUUUGGAAUCCAGCAAGAAAUCAAGCAGAGAAGGGAAGUAAAAGAUGACACACCAGCUGUGCUGUGAAAAGACAAGUCCAAGAUGAAUCUGAAGACUGCCAGUUGACUGGCAUCAUUAAAGGUCCUAUGGCAGCGUAUACAAAGCUAUUCAUAAAGAGACAGGUCAGAUUGUUGCUAUUAAGCAAGUUCCUGUGGAAUCAGACCUGCAGGAGAUAAUCAAAGAAAUCUCUAUAAUGCAGCAAUGUGACAGCCCUCAUGUAGUCAAAUAUUAUGGCAGUUAUUUUAAGAACACAGACUUAUGGAUCGUUAUGGAGUACUGUGGGGCUGGUUCUGUAUCUGAUAUCAUUCGAUUACGAAAUAAAACGUUAACAGAAGAUGAAAUAGCUACAAUAUUACAAUCAACUCUUAAGGGACUUGAAUACCUUCAUUUUAUGAGAAAAAUACACCGAGAUAUCAAGGCAGGAAAUAUUUUGCUAAAUACAGAAGGACACGCAAAACUUGCAGAUUUUGGGGUAGCAGGUCAACUUACAGAUACCAUGGCCAAGCGGAAUACAGUGAUAGGAACACCAUUUUGGAUGGCUCCAGAAGUGAUUCAGGAAAUUGGAUACAACUGUGUAGCAGAUAUCUGGUCCCUGGGAAUAACUGCCAUAGAAAUGGCUGAAGGAAAGCCCCCUUAUGCUGAUAUCCAUCCAAUGAGGGCAAUCUUCAUGAUUCCUACAAAUCCUCCUCCCACAUUCCGAAAACCAGAGCUGUGGUCAGAUAACUUUACAGAUUUUGUGAAACAGUGUCUUGUAAAGAGUCCUGAGCAGAGAGCCACAGCCACUCAGCUCCUGCAGCACCCAUUUGUCAAGAGUGCCAAAGGAGUGUCAAUACUGCGAGACUUAAUUAAUGAAGCCAUGGAUGUGAAACUGAAACGCCAGGAAUCCCAGCAGCGGGAAGUGGACCAGGACGAUGAAGAAAACUCAGAAGAGGAUGAAAUGGAUUCUGGCACGAUGGUUCGAGCAGUAGGUGAUGAGAUGGGCACUGUCCGAGUAGCCAGCACCAUGACUGAUGGAGCCAAUACUAUGAUUGAGCACGAUGACACAUUGCCAUCACAGCUGGGCACCAUGGUGAUCAAUACAGAGGAUGAGGAAGAGGAAGGAACUAUGAAAAGAAGGGAUGAGACCAUGCAGCCUGCAAAACCAUCUUUUCUUGAAUAUUUUGAACAAAAAGAAAAGGAAAACCAGAUCAACAGCUUUGGCAAGAGUGUACCUGGUCCACUGAAAAAUUCUUCAGAUUGGAAAAUACCACAGGAUGGGGACUACGAGUUUCUUAAGAGUUGGACAGUGGAGGACCUUCAGAAGAGGCUCUUGGCCCUGGACCCCAUGAUGGAGCAGGAGAUUGAAGAGAUCCGGCAGAAGUACCAGUCCAAGCGGCAGCCCAUCCUGGAUGCCAUUGAGGCUAAGAAGAGACGGCAACAAAACUUUUGAGCAAGGCCAGGCUGUGAGGGCCCCAGCUCCACCCAGGCUUUGGAUGAAUUCUGGAUGGCUUGCCUCACAUCUGUUAGCCAGCACUUCUACUCUGUCGACUCUCCACAGCACCUUUGUGAACUCAGGAAUGUGCGCCAGUGGGAAGGGCUCUCUUGACAGCCAGCGUGCCAUCCUGAUGUGUGUAUGUACAUUGGUCAGGUAUAUUAUUUCAAAGGAUUUAUAUUGGCGCUUUUAACUCAGAGUUUUAAACCCCAGGAACAGAGACUCCUAGUUGAGUGAUAGCUGGGAAAGUUUUACAUUGUCUGUUUGUUUUUCUUCUCCCAAUAGCUUUCAAUUGUUCUUUCUGGAAGUCUUUUAAAAUAUAUAUAAAUAUGCAUAUAUAUAUAUAAAUUAUAAAUAGAUUCCCCACUCAAUGUGGUGGCAUCUCUGUACAGGUACAGUUUUAAACAGUUUGCCUCUUCUGUAAGAUUAUGGUACUGUGGAACAUGAGGGCAGAGGACACCGGGAGGUUGUUAGGGGGUCACUGAAUCCCAGGAGCCAACCUCCCCCUUUGCAGGGCUGCAUUUAAAAAUUAGGUUUGGGACAGUUCUUUUACCAUGGUUUCAGCCUUGUGUGGUCAUCACUGGCUUCUGGAGCUACUGGUGAUGUCCAAGGGAAAGCUUUGAGAGUUUGUGUUUACUCUUUGAGUCCCAGGAGAAGCCUGGUACCCUCUUUGCAAAUUGGCCUUUGCUCUUUCAAUGCCUUUCAUCCAUCUCCACUCUCUCAACUGCCUAAAGUCACAGCACAGAUACUGCCCAGUGCCUUAAGAGGAGACAUGAUCCACUGAGGGGAUAGGUCUACCAGGAACUCUCAGCAAACACGGGGCUGUGUUCAGUCCAUAAAGGAAAAGCAUUUUCAAAGCUCUCAUUGUUCAUGUAAAAAUCAUACACGUGGCAUUUUGCUCCACAUUCCUUACACACAGGGGUAGAGAGGACUGCUUUUGUGACCCACAUUCAAAUAUGUGACUGUUUUCUUUUCUCUUUCACUGCUAAGCAGCCUGGAAAGGAUAAAUGAAUAUUAGACUAAGAUUUGUUCUCCAGGAGGCUCAACCUGAACUGAACACACAGAAUGUCAGAGCUGGAAGGGACUAUAGAGAUCAUCUGGUCUGACCCUCUUGUACGGGUGAUCAGAAAACUGAGGUGUAGAGGGAAAUGGCCAAAAUCACAAAGCAAGUUAGCAUAAGAGCUCGGACUAGAAUUCAGGGUCCUCACUCCCAGGCCAUCGAACCAUGCAGCCCCUUCUUUGGGGGAAGAGACCUGUGUCAGUCUUGGUUAAUUAUUCCAGGGAAUCUUGCUAACAGGAACUUGCUCUUGCCUUGUCUCUUCAGUAGGUAUGACCUGGAUGUAAAAAGAUUGCCUAGACGAGCCAGAUCAUUCAGUUUCAGCAAGUCUUUGAGCUCCACAACAUCUGCCAGAUAUAGCAGACAAGCACCCAUGGAGGCAGGUUUCGGGCCUGAAGCAAAUCAGAGGGCUUUGCAAAAGACAGCAUAGAGCCAUCUUCCUGCAACUUUACCUCUUUCCCUCAGAUGGGGAGCCAUGACUGGCUUGCACCUCAGGAUACUGUAAUUUGACUCCAUAAUUGCUUUUGCUCCUGAAACCUGGGAAUCAAUGGAAAGGCAGGGAAUGUGCCUCUUCUUUGGCCAGAUUCUGUUAUUUGCAAUUAAAGCAAGUUUUUAAAAAAUGCAAGAGGCAGUUGUUGGUCUUCAGGGUUUGGCCACUGAAAUAGCUAUGUGGCAGAUACUGAAAACAGAGGACAAUUUGAGGAUCUUGCUGGAAUAAUAAAUGGCAGCUACCAUUUGUUGAGCACAUAUUAUUAUAUCAGACACUGAGCUGGGUAGGCUCUAAACUUCACAAUAACCCUAUGACUUAACUACUUUAUCUCCAUUUUGUAGAUGAAGAAAUAAGUUCAGAGAGUGAUUCCUUCCCAAGGUCAUGCAGCUAGUAAAUGGCAGAAUCAGGACUCAUAGCAUCACUAUAGGGGAUCAAUAUUUACACAAAAAAGGAGAGUCACAAGCCUAUUUAAAAUAAAGUGACCACCUUUUCUUGCAUAGACUAACUCUAACUGGCAUUUUUAGGUUGGAAAGACAGCUGAAUUAGUUAAGUCUGAUUGCCAAGUAAGUCUUAAAAACCAAAGCAUCCAUGAUGCAUACCCUUGCACCGUUUGCUGUGCGAAUUAAUAGUUCUGUCUCUCUCUCUCUCUCUUCUCUUUUUAUUUUUUGAGACAGAUUUUCGCUCUUGUCGCCCAGGCUGGAGUACAAUGGCAUGAUCUCGGCUCACUGCAACCUCCACCUCCUGGGUUCAAGUGAUUCUCCUGCCUCAGCCUCCUGAGUAGCUGGGAUUACAGCAUUUGUCACCAUGCCUAGAUUUUUUUUUUUUUUUUGUAUUUGUAGUAGAGAUGGGGUUUCACCAUGUCAGUCAGGCUGGUCUUGAACUCCUGACCUCAGGUAAUCCACCCGCCUCGGCCUCCCACAGUGCUGGGAUUAUAGGCAUGAGCCACCGCUCCUGGCCUCUCUUUCUUUUUUAAACAAAGAACUUUGCACUUGGCCAGACAGGAGGAGAAAGCCCAUUUUCUCCCUUCCUAAGCUAGAUCCAAAUAAAAUAAAGUUCAGUUUCCCCAUAACCAUUCUUGGGUCAUGAACUUUGAUCUGGAGUUUGUUUUGUUUCAGGCAUGUGUGCACCCAGCUUGCUGAUCCAACAAAGUCUAUUGCUUACCAGCUUGAUGGAGCCUUUUGGCCAGAAGUCAAUUUGUUUUGGAUCAGAGAAAUUUCCUGACAAGGUAUAUUUGUUUUCUAGUGACAGAAAGGCAAAGGAGCAAGUCCUAGUUUUUUGUUGUUGUUGUUGAAUACUAAAUUAAGAUAUAUCAGCUUGCUUUCAUUGAACCUUGGGCUUCAGUCAUUGCUUGAGCAUUUGCAACUCUGAGCUUCCAGGGAAAUUUGAGGUCCUCGCUUGUUCUCUGCUUUCAAGAACAAUGACCUGAUUCUGUCUUUUUUUUUUAAAAAAAAAAAAAAAAAA